UCUUCCUGAAACCAAAACAAAGAUUCACAGAGUCGCAGCUCGACGCGGAUUAAAGUUCAGAGAGUCCGGCGUUUCCGCGCGUUGUGUGCCAAUGGAGUGAACGCCCCCCUGGUUUUUAGCUUUUUUCUAUGCCAGCCUCCACACCCCGGCUACAAUGAGCUCGCUGGCCGGCGGCGGUGACCCGGGCAGCGGGGAUGGAGACCCGCCGAGAGCCGCGGAGAGACCCACCGACAGCAGGAAGACCGAGGGCAGAGCUAACGAGAAGAAAUGCUCAUGGGCAUCUUAUAUGACCAAUACCUCCACUAUGAUUGUAAUGAUUGGUCUGCCUGCGAGAGGGAAGACCUACAUGUCCAAGAAGCUGACUCGCUACCUCAACUGGAUAGGAGUACCCACAAAAGUGUUCAACUUGGGAGAGUACCGGCGUGAGGCCGUCCAGUCAUACAAGUCCUAUGACUUCUUCAGACACGACAAUGCAGAGGCCAUGAAAAUCAGGAAACAGUGUGCUCUCAUUGCCCUGCAGGACGUGAAGGUGUAUCUAAACGAAGAGGGUGGCCAGAUCGCCGUGUUUGACGCCACCAACACAACUCAAGAGAGGAGGGACCUCAUUCUGGGGUUUGCUCAGGAGAACUCGUACAAGGUGUUUUUUGUCGAGUCAAUUUGUGACGACCCAGAUGUCAUCGCUGAAAACAUUAUGGACGUGAAGGUGUCUAGCCCAGACUAUCCUGAGAGGAACCGCGAGAGUGUGAUGGAGGACUUCCUGAAGAGGAUCGAGUGCUACAAAGUCACAUAUCAGCCUUUAGACCCAGACCAGCAUGACAAAGACCGCUCCUUUAUCCAGGUGAUAAACGUAGGCCAGCGUUUCCUGGUGAACCGUGUACAGGACUACAUCCAGAGCAAAAUCGUCUACUAUCUGAUGAACAUCCAUGUCCACUCACACUCCAUCUACCUGUGUCGCCAUGGAGAGAGCGAACACAACAUCCAGGGCCUGAUCGGAGGAGACGCUGGCCUGUCUGCUCGGGGAAAAGAGUUUGCUCGUGCUCUGCGGGGUUUUGUGGAGAACCAGAAGAUAGUGGGUCUCAAAGUGUGGACCAGCCAGCUUAAGCGCACCAUCCAGACGGCCGAGGCGUUGGGCGUGCCUUAUGAACAGUGGAAAAUUCUCAACGAGAUUGAUGCUGGAGUUUGUGAAGAAAUGUCAUAUGAGAUGAUCAGGGACAAGUAUCCUGAAGAAUAUGCCAUGAGAGAUCAGGAUAAAUAUCAUUACCGCUACCCAGGAGGAGAGUCAUAUCAGGACCUGGUGCAGCGUCUGGAGCCGGUGAUAAUGGAGCUGGAGAGACAGGGAAAUGUCCUGGUCAUCUGCCAUCAGGCCGUCAUGAGAUGCCUCCUUGCCUACUUUUUGGACAAGAGUGCAGAUGACUUGCCAUAUCUGAAGUGUCCUCUCCAUGUGGUGCUGAAGCUCACCCCUGUGGCGUAUGGCUGUAAAGUGGACAUGUUUGACCUGAAAGUUGAAGCUGUGAACACACAUCGGAACAGACCACUGGCCUGUGGCAGAUAUGAUGUCCCGCCUGCUCUGCUGCGGAGGAACAGCUUCACGCCCAUGUCGAGUCAGGACCAGGUGAAGCGCCCGCGUCUCUUCAGUGUGGGAAACCCACCCCGAACCCCUCUGCCCCCCGCACUGGACUCCACACAGGAGAGCGACGAGUUCACAGAGAAACCAGAAAACCUUAACUGCUUCACUCCAGCAGACUCAGAUGACAGCAUCCAGAAAUGAAGAAACAAGCACUGAAACCUCCACCUGUAUGACUCGUGUUGUUACAGUUACGUCAAGUCCACACCUUAAUCCUCUAAAGCCCAACCUAAAAACAAGCCAAUCCUGCACAUAGUUCACCUCCUCCUGCUGCUGUCAUUACUCUGUGUGUCAAAGCAACGUCUGUAUUCAUUUAAUUUCUCUGUAAGUACUACUGACUGAUGCUACCAGCUGCUUCUUUCACUGAAACUCUACUGCACACAUCCUGAGAAGCUAACCUUUGGAAACAUCUGAACACUGAACCAGACUUCUGUGAUAUUUGUUAGAAUGAAAACAUUGCCUUUGUUUGGAGGGAGUUAAUAGUAAUUGGAGCACAGUUGAGUGUUUUCCACAGUUUGGCGGUAUAGCAGUAACACAUCGUAUUUAACUGCUUGUGGGGUUGGGAUGUAAACACAGUCAUUCAGAGUGGUUUGAUGUGAAAUGCAGAGUCAGAUUUAUUUACAGUGGUGGUGAUAGGAACCAGGAGUCACUAUGUCUCCAUCGCAAAUCUAGACAUUUUAUUUGCUAACCAAAAUGACCAGUGAACCUACAUGUGUCCCCUGAAUUUUUAUAUGUAAAGUUGAUUAUGGCAAAUUACGUUUUUCUUGAGAAGGCCAAAACCUUCUCAAAACUGUCAUAAAACAAUGUCUCAGCCGCCAGACAUCAUAUUUGUAAUCAUUUAAUGUAAUAACGUUCUGUGUAGGAGCUUUUGGAGGCAUUAAACCCUUCAGUCGUCUGGUUCCCAUCACCACCACUGUGAACAGUUCUAAGUAGAACUGAGCGCGUCGCGUCAAACCACUCUGAAUAACUUUGUUCUCGUCUUAACCAUUAAAUUAUGCAGAAAAGUAAAAAAAAUCGCUCAAGUUCAUUUUUAAAAAGGGAGUUUUUCAAGAAUUUUCAAGUUAUGUAUAGAAUCAUGACAACUCCAAGAACCAUUUGAAUGCUUAAAUGGUUCUUUGCAUUGUUCAAAGGUUGUUCUCCAUGAUGGAGAGCCUAUCGAAUAUGGUUCUUGGAAGAACCUUUUAAAAAUGGUUCUAUGUAGCACCAAGAAGGGUUUUGCUAUUGUUCCAAGUCAUGGAACCAUUUUUUGGUUGCCAAAUAAACAAACUCUGAAUUUCACUUCAUAUAAAUGAGCGAAAAAUAGAUGAGUGGGACUUUCAGUUCAGUACUGAAUAAACCAUUCAUCUAAGAACCGUUGCUAAAUACUAAGCAGUGCUAACAGUAGAGGGGUGCUGGUGGUGGUGCUAGUGCUGGCAUAGCUAGCAUGCUAACAGCUCCACAUACCACUGUACAGGUUUGUUUGAGGCUAACUCACUGACAUGAGUUCAGAAGGUAAACGUUUAAAUCUAAGAACGUGAGGUGAAGUGAUUGGAGUUGGAUUGACAGCAAGAGUCAAACCGUGUCCUGUGGUGUGUGGAGCUGUUAGCCUGCAAGCUAUGCUAGCACCACAAGCAGUGCUUAGAUAUUCUGUUGUGGUAAAAAAAAAAAAAAAGUGGAUACCAUCCAACUCUAGUGCUAACACAGUUUUUGGUCUAUAACUAGUCAUCAUCAAGGAUUGUUAGUCAUCGAGGACUUUGCUUAUUUUAUAGUGAUUCACAAAUGCUAAUCCCGCUGCUAUAUAUCGUAUCUCACACAACUUUGGCACAGCGUUCUCCCAGCCAGCUUCUUCAUAGGUUGUGUUAUAUGCUCAAUUGCUGCUGAAUGUGUUAAUCUAAUGUAAGCUAAUGACAAAGUGUGAGGUUGAGCUCCUGCUUUGUAAAAGAUUUCUAACUUCUCUUGUACUCAUCCCAGAACCUCAUGUAAUUAGCGUGACUCCAUUUAGAUGUUAGGGUGCAGGCUGCCUUUGCUGUGGGCCAGAAAACCUCCCUAGAUGGCUGUGUAAGUCCUCUGUUUAUGCUAAAAGUGAAGGCCCACUGACUUACUAAUACCUAAUCUUUCAGUGUGAUACACUGUGUCUGUGAUAUUGUCAAUUUCCCGCAAAUAACCUCACACUGAAUCUAUUAUUUUCUGACACUGAGACUAAGGCUCAGUUCACACAGCAGGUAAAAGUGUUCCAAACCUGGUUUUCUCACCAAAUCCGAUUAUCUUUUAAAUGUGAUCUGUAUGCAACAUCAGUUUGAAUAGAUCAGCUCCUAAACUGACAUGCAUGUGCCAAAGCCCAAUGCUUCAUGGUUCAUCCAGAGGUAAACAAUCGUGACUAUGAACGAUCGGUUUCAGUUUCAUCUUCGACAGAGUCACAGGAGAGACCAUGAAGUUCCGACGGCCGACAGCUGGGCUCAUCACCCAGAACGUGUUUAAGCUUGUUAGGCGUGUUAUUCGCCCAUGGUCACUUCUUUGGUUCGUGUCCUCGGAUUCUUUAAACUUUGCUUUCAGACUUUUAACUGGCUGUUGAGACUGGGUUGCGCAUAUUUGUGUCACACAUAUGAGGGAAAAGAUUAAAUUUGGAGCACUAUUACCCGCUGUGUAAAUGUAGCCUUACUGUACACUAUUGGGAAUAGCUAGGGCUGGUCCCAGAAAGAGUCAAUUCUCCAAUUCCAGCUUCCUGGGAAUCAAGAGUCAACUCCAAAGCUUUGGGCUCAAUUCCACACAGUGAUGUUCAUGUUUGCCUGCACUGGGAGUGUGAGAUGUUCUGUUGCAACUGUUUUAAAGGCUUGUCUGACAACACAGAUACCAAUAGAUACGUUGAAUUUUGCCAUGGAAAACAUUGUAAUAUGUACAGUUUAUAUAUUAAAAAAGUGGCUUACAAUUGAGAUAUUUGUAUAUCAUUGGUAAAAACAAAAGCCUCCGAUAAACAUUCUGCUUUAUUGGCCAUGCUGCAUUGUUUCUGUGCAGUAGCAGCCAUGCACGCUCAAGGAGAAGAUUUUGGCACUUCUUUUGAGCGAAGUCAUAUGCAAAAGACACUCCAGUUUUUCACUCACUAAACAUUAACACAUCAACAGAAUAUAUCCCACUUUGCUGCCUGUAAUCAAUACAUCACUGGGCCUUAUUCAUUAUAUUAUUGUGUGGGAUUGACUCUUGGAAUCGACUCCAUCAAUUCCCAUCACUUGAAUUUGGAAUUUGAGUUGACUCUGGAUUAGAACAUGGAUUAGAACCCUAGCAAUACGUCCACUGCAGCUACAGUCAUGGUUACAGUCAUCUGUUGUGAGUAAUGCUGUUUCCAUAGCAGUUUCACUGAAAUCAUGCGAUCAGAAUUGCUGUUUGUGUAGCUUUUUGUCUUAUUGUAGUUCAGCUGUAUGUGACUGAAUAGUUAAACCGAACAAAAGGCUAAUGGGAUUCUAUUACCGGCUGUUUACACUAGUAAGAUGCAAAUGGAAUGUCUAACCAGUGUAGAGCGAUAGCAGCUGAAAUGGUAGUUAUCAUUUGUUUAGUUUGUUGUGCUUCUGAUUACCUCACAUUGAUACUGAUGGCCAGGGUCAGUAGAGUUACAUUCUCAGAAAAUUCUUAGAUGAUGAUGGGAAAAAUAAACUAAAUAGUGCAUAUCAACAUAAAUAAAUAAAAAGGGAAAAGAAGUGAAACAAUAUAAAGGUAUUCAUUUACUGUGUGGACAAAAUUGAAAAAAAAAAGUUUUAUUAUACACAAUUAUUUCUUCAGUUCAUGAAUUUUUAGUAUCUUGUUAACUGAUUGCCACAUUCUUUCUACUCUCUUUUUCAUUUUUCCUUUAAAGUAUAUAUAUAAAAAAGUAAAUCUACGUGAAUGUUGAAUUUCAGUAUUUCAGGAUAUGGCUGAUAGUUCUUAAAAAUUCCCAUGACGUGAAAACAUCCUGUCUCCUAGUCUGUGGCUACAUGUGUAGGCUGAUUUUAAUAAAACAAUAUGUAUUUAAAAGAUAUUUAAAACAGUAGUUUUAAAAAGGUUUAAAAUUAUACAUUUUGUAAUAGUAAAGUGAGUCUGCAAUUGGAAGGUUGUGGGUUCAAAUCACAGAACUAAUUGGAAGGUUUCCGUUUUUAAAUCCCAGCACUUACUAGAAGGUUUGAGAUCGAAAUCCCACUACUGACUAAAAGAUUGUGGGUUCAACUCUAGGAUUUAGUAUAAUGUUGCAGGUUCAGAUCACAGGAUUAACAACAAGGUUGCAGUUCAAAUCCCAAGGCUAAAAGAUUAUGCAUUCAAAUCCAGGGACUUAGUAGAAUGUUGCAGGUUCAAAUCCCAGGACUGACUGGAAGGUUCCAGUUUCAAAUCCCAGGAUUUAGUAUAAGGUUUGAGGUUAAAAUCCCAGGCCUGACUAAAAAAAUGUGGGUUCAAAUCCCAGGACUUUGUAGAAUGUUGUAGGUUCGAAUCCCAGGACUGACUGGAACACUCAUGAUCAUAUGAUAAUAUUAUAUUUGUUAUGUUCCUUAUUAAGCACAUUUGAAAUUUCUUUGUCCACUUGUUCUCUACAAUUCUGUCCUUGUCCCUGUACGUAAAUUUCCACUUAUUUUUCAGUCCUGUUCUUAUCUUUAAAAAUGGUUUAAAUUCAUGUAAUGAAUUCAUUCAUUGGACCAUUUUGCAUCCCUAAUCAGCAGCUGAUUGACCAACCGGAAUCAGGAAGAUCCAAUGAGAUUGUGUGAUUUUAAUUACGUAUUAGUAGAAAAUGUUUUGAAAUACUUUCAGUGGGAACAAAAGUGUACUUUAUGUAGAAACAUCCAUUUUCCAUCCCUCUAAUAGAAAUGCCUUAAUGAUGGAGCAGACAGACCUCAAACCAGAUUUAACUGAAUUUUUUCAGUCAUUUAUUCUCACCGUUUUUUAUUUGAAAUGUUCUUAUUUUAGACAUUUACGAUUGUAAUUCUUCAGUUGCAGCUUGUUGUUUAUGUAGGCUUGUGCUCAGGUUUUGUGACUACUGUCGUAUUUAUUAUGUGCUGUUGUUUUCUCAUUGAAUGUAAUUUUCAUUACUAGAUGAGUGCCUCUUCAUACACGGGAAAGUAAAGAAAAUGUACUGUAGAUUCUGCUUCAUAAUCUUUAUGAUCACUGUUUGGUAUGAUCACUCUUCUACAUGGUGGUAAUGCAGUCUACACAUACAUAUAAAUGAUUAAAUGCUUGUGUUAUGACACUGUGAA